AUGACCAUCAUCUUGGUCAACCUCUCCUUUCUAGACAUGUGUUCCACCACCGGCUCCAUCCCUCAGAUGCUCUCCAACCUUUGGGGCCCAGAUAAAGCCAUCAGCUGUCUGGGUUGUGCCAUCCAGCUCUACUUCGUCCUGGCUCUGGGAGGGGUGGAGUGUGUGCUCCUGGCAGUCAUGGCAUAUGACUGUGACGUUGCCAUCUGCAAACCCUUGCACUACCCCAUCAUCAUGCACUCGCAUCUGUGGGCAGCUGCCUCGGUGGCGUGGCUGAGUGGCUUUGGCAAUUCUCUCAUCAUGGCACCCCAGAUGCUGCUGCUGCUGCCCCAGUGUGGGCACCAGCGGGUGGAUCACUUUCUCUGCGAGAUGCCCGCACUGUCUGGCAUGGCAUGUGUAGAUACGAUGAACCUGGAGGCGCUGGCAUUUGCCCUGGCAAUCUUCAUCAUCCUGGUGCCACUCAUCCUCAUUCUCAUCUCUUAUGGUUACAGUGCAUGUGCUGUGCUCAGGAUCAAGUUGGCUUAUGGGCAAAAGGAAGCCUUCAACACCUGUAGCGCCCACCUAAUCGCUCUCUCUCUCUUUUAUGGUACAAUCAUAUACAUGUACCUCCAGCCCGCAAACACUUACUCCCACGACCAGGGCAAGUUCCAUUUUCUAGACGAUUGUCACUCCCAGUGUUAA